AUGUCUCUUCAGCCUCCCUCCAGGCUUGACGGCCUCGAGAACCGCGUGGAAGAGCUGAGCCGGGCUUUGGAGCGACUGGCGCAGCGCUUCGACGGCCUUCAACCCGGAGACAUCGCCCGACGCCUCGAGGAGCAGGAAGCUCGUAUCCUUGCGACCCGCUGCCACCUCGAAGCUACCGAGCAUCAGCUUUCCCGCGACGUGGCUUCGCACGGAAACCUCAUCCGCAGCGUUCAAACGCAGUUUGCCGAGCUGCAAAGGCAGCUUUGCAAGGCCGCGUCCAUGUCGGCAACGCAGGAGCUCAGCAACCGAGUUGAAGAUUUGGAGGCCAAACACAAACAUUCCGUGGGCCAGGCUGCCCAGGAGGCUGUUCGCAAGGAGUACGAGCGGCUUGUCCUGGAGCUGGCACAAGUGGGUCCUUCGGCCCGGGCUCGGCGUCCAGACACUCCGUCAGACUGGUCCUUGCUGAGUGACGUGGACAGACUGGAGGGCCUCUCUUGCAAAACAGGGCCAUUUCAAGGCAAAACCCCACAUUCCACGCCGAGGGGUCCCGUGUUGCCCGCCCACUUGUACAGAGAGAGUGAAGAAUCGUAG